CAUCACUUUCCCACCUUUCGCCUAGGAAAAGCCGGCCGUCGCCGUCUCCCGCCUUCGUCCUCCCCUCCAGCCGCCGACCGACCGAGCGCGAUGGCGGCGGCGCGGCUCCGGCUGCUGUCCGCGGGGCUCCUCUCGCCGGCGGUGUCCAGGGCGCGGCACUCUUCUUCCCUGCAGGGUCUCCGCGCGCUGUCCACGCUCUCCACUACGCUCGGGUCCGGCGCGGGGGAGGACGAGAUCGAGCGCAUCCGCCGCGAGUUCGAGGACGCCAAGCGGAACUACCUCAGCAUCCCCGUCGCCAUCAAGGACAUGGCCAAGAUGAACCCGCAAGGCAUUUAUGUGAACAAGAACGUCAAACUGGAUGACCUGCAAGUCUAUGGUUUUGACUAUGACUACACGCUGUCCCACUACUCCGAGCACCUGCAGUGCUUGAUCUACGAUCUCGCCAAGAAGCACUUGGUCAAUGAGUUGAAGUAUCCGGAGAGCUGCUUGAAGUAUGAGUAUGACCACGGCUUUCCCAUCAGGGGGCUCUAUUAUGACAGAUUAAAAGGUUGCCUUUUGAAGCUUGAUUUUUUCGGGUCUAUCGAACCAGAUGGUUGCUUCUUUGGGCGGCAUAAGCUGAGUUUGAGUGAGAUAAAAGAACUCUAUGGCACACGGCAUAUUGGCAGAGAUCAAGCUCGCCAGCUUGUUGGGCUAAUGGAUGUCUUCUGUUUUAGUGAGGCAUGCCUUCUUGCUGAUAUAGUUCAGCACUUUGUAGAUGCCAGGCUGGAGUUUGAUGCAUCCUAUGUAUAUGAAGACGUAAACCAAUCGAUUCAGCAUGUCCACAGAAGUGGUCUGAUUCACAGGAAAAUUCUUUCGGAGCCUCAGAAAUAUCUGAUAAAAAAUAGCCAGGUCUUCCGUUUCUUAAAGAUGCUAAGAGAGAAGGGGAAAAACCUAUUUCUUCUCACCAACUCACCUUUCUACUUUGUGGAUGGAGGAAUGAGCUACUUGCUUGAGGAUGAGCAUUUUGAUGGGAAUUCCUGGAGGGAGCUCUUUGACGUUGUCAUUGCGCAGGCAAAUAAACCGACUUUCUAUAAUUCAGACCACCCAUUCAGGGUAUAUGACACUCAAAAGGAUACACUAGCUUUUACUGCAGUUGACAAGUUUCUGCCAAAUGAAGUUUAUUAUCACGGUUGCUUAAAAUCAUUUCUGCAGAUUACAAAGUGGAGAGGCCCAGAGGUUAUAUACUUUGGUGAUCAUCUUCUCAGUGACUUGAGAGGGCCUGCAAAAGCUGGCUGGCGAACAGCUGCUGUAAUUCGUGAACUUGAGGAUGAAAUAGAAAUCCAGAAUGGUGACAGCUACCGGUUCCAACAGGCAAAAUUAAGUAUAAUACAUGAUCUACUUGGGAAAGUUCAUGCAACUGUGGUUAGCACUGAGAAAGGACAAGUUUACCGAGCAUUGCUUGAUGAGUUGAAUGCAGAAAGGCGUCAAUGUCGAUCUGCGAUGCGAGAUCUUUUCAAUAGCUCUUUUGGUGCAACCUUCCUUACAGAUACUGGAAGGGAAUCAUCGUUUGCUUAUCACAUCCAUCAAUAUGCAGAUAUUUACACCAGCAAGCUUGAGAAUUUUUUGUCAUAUGCCCCUGAAUCAUGGCUCCAUCCACCUCAUGACAUAAAGAUAAUGCCACAUAAUGCGAAGGUCCCAGCGAGUUUGUUCAGUGGCUCGUAGCUCAUUCUAUCCAUUUCCGAUGGAGAACCGUAACACCCAUUAUGGUUUCUGUGUCCGACCCGAGAGUAUGAACUGCCAUGCCACUGCAUCUGGUUAGCUGAUGAAUAAAGCUUGGGUACACCCAACCCAACAUACGUGGCGCCAACUCAGCAAGAUGUGGCUAGUGCUGCGAUUGACAGAAGAGAAGUGAUGGUUGUUAUGUUCUGUACCGUUAUUUGAGGAUGAUUUCGGUCUGACAGGCGUGGUUUUCUGUUUCCAAGACAUCCAGAGGACUAAACAACCAACCAAAUGAUGGUUGCUAAUAAGAAUUGUUUUCCAAUCAUCCAUCUUGUUUCUCAUUGUUCUAUUCUCCUUUUGGAUGAGAUAUGUAAAACACACAUGAUUCGUAUUCCGUUAACAGUAAAAUCUCCCAAAUUAUGGGUAAUCCUUUUCCUUCAAGCUUCUUUUGAAUGAUCAGCAAGCAAGGAAUGGAUAAACAUAUACAGUAUUUGAAUUUGA